AUGACUACAGCACAAGACGAAUACAACGAGCUCUUCCGCGACAAGUCACGCAGAACCCACCACCCUGAAGACGACAACGAGUCUAUUCCUUCAGAGAACGACGACCUCUUAUCCGACUUUGACGACGAACCUUCAGCUCUACCCAACCUGCCCUCAAGAGACCAUGUUCCGCGAAACAAGUCAUAUUCGAACACAGGCCCCAAGGGUGUUAUCGCCGAUGCCCAAGCCUUCGAAGCCGCGCGCAGGGAACGCAAUUCGUCGCCAAAAGCAGCCACACAAAACUACGCAUACACACCAAAUGUCGCCAGACUGAGUCUGGACGGUCGCAGCAAAGGCAGUCAAAGCGGAAGCGAUAUUGAGAGCGAAGACGAGUUCAUGGCCGAGUGGCGGCAAAAGAGAUUGAAUCAGCUGUCUGCGAACGGACGCCAGGCAAGCAACAGUAUUGGCCAACCGAGAAGUCGCGCAACCUAUGGAGGUCUUGUGUCGGUCGAUGGUGAGGGUUACCUGGAUGCCGUGGACCGUAGUCCUUCAAAUACUGUCGUUGUUGUCUUCAUCUACGACGAUUCGUCAGAGGUCAGCUACAUGGUCGAAGAUUGCAUGCGCCAACUGGCCCGCAAGCACAAGACAACGCGCUUUGUCAAGAUGCAUUAUCUUGAUGCCGAGAUGGAACCUGCUGGUGUGCCCGCUGUCCUGGCAUAUCGUGGCGGCGACAAGUUCGCAGGUCUCGUUCCUGUUGUCGACGAGAUCCCUGAUGAUGCCGACCUCAGUGCCAUCACUCUCGAGAACCUGUUCCAAAAGUAUGUUUCACAUGACUGGCUUUUCUUUCUAUUCUUGGCUAACCUUUCUUUCCUACAGACACCAGAUCCUAUGAUGACACAGAUCUCAUCAAGCCCGCUCAAUCAUGCACUCCUCAGUUACAGAAAAAUCCACCACAGUUUGAUGUCUCGAGGCUUUCCAUGGAGUUGUACGAUCAAGUUAGAUAUCACUUUUCUUUUGCAUGGGUUCUGGCGCUUUCUGGGCAUAUGUUUAUACCACCACCCAUCGUCUUCAAUAUGCGCCUUAGAUUCAAGGACUGUACAUAUGUUUGUGUACCACAGCUUAGACUUGGUGCUCGCUACUUCCAUGACUGGUCGGGUCGAGAGACUCUCAUAUCAUCCUCACUUUCGUGACGAGAGACGUCUCGGUCCGUGGUAG